AUGACAAGUCCGGAUAUUCAAAAAGAGAUUGUAAAUGCUUUUGCAAUGGAAAUUAUGAAAGUAAUUAUAAGUGAUCUUGGUGAUUCGCCGUUUUGUCUGAUGGUCGAUGAAGCACGUGAUAUAUCAAUGAAGGAGCAAAUGGCUUUAGUGAUAAGAUAUGUCGAUAAAUGUGGUAGUGUGAUUGAGCGUUUUCUAGGAGUUGAACAUGUUACCGAUACUAGUGCUUUGACUCUUAAAGCAACUAUUGAUAAUGUUUUUUCUAGAUAUGGAUUGAGUAUCUCGAAAUUAAGAGGCCAAGGUUAUGGUGGAGCUAGUAACAUGAGAGGUGAUACACGUUGGAGCUCUCACUACAACACUUUAUUGAGCUUGAUCAAUAUGUUUGGUGCGGUGAUUGAUGUACUUGAACUUAUUGGUCGUGAUGCUUCAAGUACAAGUCAUCGUACCGAAGCACAGGAUAUUGUAGAUAGACUUUUGUCAUUUGAUUUUUUAUUGAGCCUCUUUUUGAUGAAAAAAGUACUAGCGAUCACAAAUGAGCUAUCUCAAGCACUUCAAAGAAAAGAUCAAGACAUUGUGAAUGCAAUGACAUUAGUUCAAGUGUCAAAGAUUCAAAUUCAAUCCUUGAGAGAAAGUGGGUGGAGUUCUUUACUUGAUGGUGUUACAACUUUUUGUGAGAAACACAGAGUUGAUAUUCCUGAAAUGGAUGCUAAAUAUGUUGCUCGAGGGCGAAGAAGACGGAAUGAAGAAGAAAUGACAAACCUACAUCAUUAUAAGAUUGAGACAUUUUACACUGUCUUGGAUAUGCAACUUGGAGAAUUAAAUGCUCGAUUUUCUGAUUCGACCAUGGAACUGCUUAUGUGUGUUUCUUGCCUUGAUCCAUCGAACUCAUUCUCCGAUUAUAACAAGGAAAAACUACUUUGUCUUGUUAAUUUUUAUCCAGAAGACUUUACCGAGUUUGACAAAUGUAAGCUCAGUGAUCAAUUGGAUAAUUAUAUUGUUGAUAUGCGCCUAAGCAAGGAUUUUUUUGGAUUGAAUAGUAUAAGUGAUCUUGCUCGCAUAAUGGUAGAAACUAGGAGAAAUAAGGUGUAUCCUUUGGUUUACUUGCUUUUGACAUUGGCAUUAACAUUACACCCUUUGGUUUACUUGCUUUUGACAAUGGCAUUAACAUUUCCAGUUGCUACCAGAAAUUGA